AUGGCAUCCAACGCUCCUGAUGCCUCGCAGGCAACUCCGCCACCCCUCGCAGAUCAGACUCCCGCUGCUCAAGGCGGCCGCAGCCCUACCGUCCCCUUCGAGGAAGAAUUUAACGAAUUCCCAAAUGAAAUCUCCGCUUGGAACAGUGUGCUGAUGUACAUCAACCACAAAAUUCUCCCCGGCUUCGCCAAUCACCACAUUGCACGCGUAGGAAGGAGCGUCGCCCCAGGUCUCCGAGUGGAGGUCCAGACGGCAUGGGGUCCUCGCAUCCCCUCUACCCUCAUCAUCCGGCUCCAAGUCAGGAACGGGGAUGACAUUCAGGACUUCGCCAUCCUUACCCUUCCCAUGGGCCAAACCGAGAAACCGAUGGAUGCUGACUCCUUCCGUCCGAGUGAGAGACCGGAAGUUAGGCAUAUAUUCCCCAAGCAGCCGGGCGAUCCUGUUGGUGUGUCUUACUCGCGAUACCGCCAUCAUGAUUUGGAUUAUUUCAAGGGUAUCCCGAGUAAUGAGCCGACAUGGGUGCUCGUCUUCAGGACCACCUGGGAGGCCGUGCGACUCGAAACCGUCAUCGACGUCCACAAAAUCGCAGUGUCCUAUCCCGCCAAGUUCUGGGACCGAAUCGGCAGUCAGCCAGCUGGACUCAGAUCCAUCGUGGAGAAACUCAGGUCGACCUUUGACGGCAAAAAACCGAGCGAACAAGUCUCUAUCCAGUUUGUGUUCCCGUACGCCCGGGGCUGGGAGCGAGAUUGGUAUGUUUUCCUCACCGACAAGAGAAAGAUUAACCCUGGUGUUCUCGACCUCCAAGCUCUUUGCGACCAUCGAAUUGAGAAGUUGGAUUACUCCAAUGCCCUCAUUGGCCAACAAUGGCUCGACGAAGAACUCGCCUGGAAGCAGAAAAUGGCGUGGAACUGCGGGAAGACGUACUUCAAGGCACGUCUGCUCCCAUUUCCCGGUUCAGAAUGGAUUCCAACCACCAGCGACAUGGCCGAGUACGGCAUGAACGGCACCAGAGGCCCAAUGGCUUAUCUGCUGGUCGUCAACUUAAGCUAUGUCCGGGAGUUUCUACCCGACAUUGGCACCAAGUCCAAAGUGUACAUUAGAGAGCUCGCUCAGCAGGGCUACACACUGCCGCGACCGCUCGUAGCCGAGGCCGACGUCAAGGUGCUCGCCACCAGACUCCAGCGCACUCUUGGCAACGCGGAAGACUGGGCCAAGAAGAAGUUUUGGAACCGUGGGAGGACCCAGUGGAACGCAGAUGAAGUCAAAGAGCUCUUCAUACAGAGCGCCGCUGUGGACGUGGCCAUGUUCCUGCCCAUGCCGUCCGCAGAUGAUCGACGCAACGCAGCAGCCUCGCAAGCCGCCACAUUUCUCCGAAAGCGCGAGAACGAGGAUGACGAUGACCAUUAUCGCCGGAUCUUUGAUUGGAUCCGCGAGGCUCUGUGUGUCGCGCCGAAAACGAGGUACCACGAACCGUAUACGGGCAUUCGUCUGAGCUUACCACCUGGCGUUUCUGCAGAUGUUGGGCUGUUCUUCCUCGAGGUGCCCAGACAGCAGGACUGGCCUCGCGGUUUGAAGAAGCCCCCGAUGGUGGUUGAAGCACCAGAGAUGUCUCCCGUAACUGACCUCCAGGGCGUCCUCGACACAGCGUUUGCGGACCCUCGUGAUGUUCUUCGCACAGAGAUUCGUUACUCGGUUGAGGAAAAUUGGGAGUUGAAAGGGGACGAAGCUAUACCGAUCAUGAACAACGUCGACUUCAACGCGGAGGAGACUGCAUGGUGGAAAUUCAUGAUGAAAGGCACCAAGGUUGCCCAAGGGCCGACGAAGCCGAAACAUUAA